AACGAAUGGCGUGUCUUGACGGCCUAUGGUCCUGCUGGCCGUGGGCAAGUUCCCGCGCCACUUCGUGUGUUCCGCGGGGGCCUCCCUCGCUGUAUUCCUCACAGCAGGCCACCUGUGACUUUGUCGGAGCGCUUCCGACAACCCCUCGGUCAGGAGACUGCAUCGCACCAGCAGCAACAUGGACCAACAGCCAAAGGCUCUCUGGCCAGACAGCGCUGCCGUCGUCAGACGACCUUCCGGAGGAUUGGGAUGACGACGAGGAUUGGCCAAGCAUUUCCGAAGAAAGCAUGCGCGCUUUGGAGGCAGAUUUGGACGAUGGCGACUGCCAGGAACUUGGGUGGGACAACGUGUACCGCAGAGUCCCACAACACGAGGAGAGUUUGAAGUUUCCGAACCCGGAGACUUGGAGCUCCAACAAUUUCGAGGAGACUGAGCGAUGCAGUACUCCAAAGGCCUGCGGUUGGGACCGUCUGUGUCCUGGGUUGACGCUCCAAAUCUCGUCCUAUUUGGAUGUGCAUGGUUUGCGCGCAAAGCGGGCUACAUCUGUUUCAGAAUCCUCAACGAAGGCCUUCGUCGCUCAACUUGUCGACCUUCUUAAGCCCGAGAGGCCCGAAGUGCUGGAGGAAAUUGCAAAAAUCUCUCGCAAACUUGAAGAAGAGAAGCAGAAGCCUACUGCAAUUGUCCAUUACAACUUUGUUUUUACUGCUGGACUUCAAGGCUGGGCGCUUCGAUACAGACCAGUCUUUGGAUGUUGCUGCAAAAGUUUCAGGGUGGUUCCGCGUAAGGAUCGGAUGACACCGUGGAAAAGUUCUGUCAUGUUGCUUCAACGUCCACCUUGGGAUAGUUAUCACCUGGUGUUGUGCUUUUCAUGAUAGUUUUCUGAUGUUUGCUUAAGUUUUCUUCAGUACAGUUGUUGGUGUCAGCCUGGGGUCCUUGAGGCUAUUGUUGCAUUUUCAGAUCUGGAACAAAGGUAUUGAACAGAUGGUGGGAUUGCAACGCUACGGCGCUGAACUUGUUCCUCCAUCGCUUGGUUCACCACAGUUCCCAACAUAUGAUGCGUUUGUUGCCAGUGAUGCUCUCAGUUGCGAGAUGCCUCUUUGCAAAUUUGAAAGGUCAUGUGGAUGUCAAGCGGAUGCUCGCUCAACACAUAAUCUGGAUCUUCAACACCGCAGGCCGCUUACACCACACUGACAUAGAAAGAGGAUUGGAGUGCUUUUCGUUACUGGCGCGGAACUGCGAAGAUGCGCAGCUUGCUGACACAUGUGUGGAAGCUUUCACAGAAGCUUGCCAUAAACAUUCACAUCGAGAACCGAUUGAAGAAACCUUUGGAGAUCUUGGACUGCACUGGCCACAAGAUCCAGAAACAUAUGCCAAUCAAGGCUGUUUGACAAUGUGACAACUACGAAUCACUAUCCUGUACUUGUGGGUCGAUGCAGCGGCUUUCAGAUUUUGCUCUUCGAAGCAGUUUCGAUCCAUGUUUCCCUUGCAGCAGAGCAUGGCCACUUCCCGAAGCCGAAGAAAGAUGUGCCAAGACAAGCUGCCGGCGAGCGCAACCUUGAGCGAGGGCCCCAAAAAAAGUGCCGGACGUCUCAAACACGGUUACCUUGUUGUCCAUGGAAUGUUGCCUGUUUCCACCUUUCCACUAGAGUUCCC